UUGAACAACAUUCUACAUUCAUCAUUUCAUUCACCAACACCAUUCGUAUACAGACCGUAUCAACCCGAAUAAUAAACCGGAGCAACCCACCAUAAUUUCUCUUCUUCCCCUUCAACUCCACACACACCAACACUCUCCCCACUCAAAUCAAUAGACCCAAAGAUCAAUCGGAGAUUCAGAUUCCUGCAACGAUCCGACAGCACCCCUCAAAUCCCACGGGAUCGCCGUAACACAAUCUCAUAGAUAGAGAGAGAGAGAGAGAGGAAGAAGAAGAAGAAGAAGAAGAAGGAAUCGGAAGAAAAAUGGGGCUGGGCUUGUUAUCUUCAAAGGCCAUGAGACCCACCUCAAGGCUACUCAAUUCUCAAAACCCUAGGAACAUCUUCAUCCGCACCAUUGUCUCCAAGCCCGAGCUCCAAAAGCCCGAAGCUGCCCAGGCCCAGGCCCCUCCCCCGGAUCUUCCGCCCCGGACCCCCGUUGCCGGCGCUAGGGUACACUUCCCUAACCCGGAGGACGCCAUCGAGGUGUUCGUGGAUGGGUACCCGGUGAAAAUCCCCAAGGGCAUGACUGUCCUUCAGGCCUGUGAGGUUGCCGGCGUCGACAUUCCCCGCUUCUGUUACCACAGCCGCCUCUCCAUUGCCGGUAACUGCCGCAUGUGUCUUGUCGAGGUCGAGAAGUCUCCCAAGCCUGUUGCUUCUUGCGCCAUGCCUGCUCUUCCUGGAAUGAAAAUUAAGACCGACACACCUGUUGCAAAGAAAGCUAGAGAAGGAGUGAUGGAGUUUUUAUUGAUGAACCAUCCACUAGAUUGCCCAAUUUGUGAUCAAGGUGGGGAAUGUGAUCUUCAGGAUCAGUCAAUGGCUUUUGGUUCUGAUCGUGGUCGGUUCACUGAAAUGAAGAGAUCUGUGGUAGAUAAGAACCUUGGACCUUUGGUGAAGACUGUGAUGACUCGUUGCAUUCAAUGUACAAGGUGUGUUAGGUUUGCAACAGAGGUUGCUGGGGUUCAGGAUCUUGGCAUGUUAGGUCGUGGCAGUGGAGAGGAGAUUGGGACAUAUGUUGAGAAACUUAUGACAAGUGAACUUUCUGGAAACGUGAUAGAUAUCUGUCCUGUUGGAGCACUCACGUCGAAACCUUUUGCUUUUAAAGCCCGAAAUUAGGAAUUGAAGGGAACAGAAAGCAUUGAUGUUACUGAUGCCGUUGGAUCCAAUAUUCGAAUUGACAGCAGAGGACCUGAAGUCAUGCGUAUUCUCCCUCGUCUAAAUGAGGACAUAAAUGAAGAAUGGAUUUCAGACAAGACCCGCUUUUGUUAUGAUGGUUUGAAGAGGCAGAGGUUAAAUGACCCUAUGAUUCGUGGUCCUGAUGGACGUUUUAAGUCUGUCAGCUGGCGCGAUGCCCUUGCUGUGGUAGCUGAGGUUGCCCACAAAGUUGAACCAGAAGAAAUUGUUGGAAUAGCUGGCAAACUUUCCGAUGCUGAGUCCAUGAUUGCACUAAAAGAUUUUGUAAAUAAGAUGGGAUCAAAUAAUGUGUGGUGUGAAGGCAUUGGUGAAAAUACUAGUGCAGAUUUGAGAUCGGGAUAUAUUAUGAAUACUAGCAUUGCUGGUCUUGAGAAUGCAGAUGUCUUUCUGUUGGUUGGUACCCAGCCAAGGGUGGAAGCUGCUAUGGUUAAUGCCAGAAUACGCACGACUGUCAGAGCAACUCAAGCCAAGGUUGGGUACAUCGGUCCUGCUACUGAUUUCAACUAUGACCACCAACAUCUUGGUACUGGCCCCCAAACACUACUUGAAAUUGCUGAGGGCCACCACCCAUUCUCCAAGACUAUAUCAAAUGCCAAAAACCCUGUUAUCAUUGUUGGUGCUGGAAUCUUCGAGAGAAAGGACCAGGAUGCAAUUUUUGCAGCUAUUGAAACCAUUGCAAAACAAGGGAAGGUUGUCAGACCUGAUUGGAACGGCCUUAAUGUAUUACUUCUUCAUGCUGCCCAGGCUGCUGCACUUGACCUUGGACUUGUGCCUCAAUCUGAAAAAAGUCUCGAGUCUGCAAAAUUUGUAUAUUUGAUGGGUGCCGAUGAUAUAAACUUGGACAAGAUCCCAGCUGAUUCUUUUGUUGUUUAUCAAGGUCACCAUGGUGACAAGAGUGUUUAUCGUGCCAACAUCAUUUUGCCAGCUGCAGCAUUCAGUGAGAAGGAAGGAACCUAUGAAAAUACUGAAGGAUGCACUCAACAAACUCUGCCUGCAGUUCCAACAGUUGGUGACUCCAGGGAUGAUUGGAAGAUAAUUCGGGCUCUGUCUGAGGUGUCUGGAAUCGAUUUGCCCUAUGAUUCAGUUGGUGCUGUUCGUGCUCGAAUCAAGAUUGUAGCCCCAAACCUACUGCGCCAAGAUGAGAGAGAACCAGCUACAUUGCCAUCUUCUUUGAGGCCAACCUUCAAUACUAAGAUGGAUACCACUGCAUUUGGGACUGCCGUAGAGAAUUUCUAUAUGACCGAUGCAAUUACCAGGGCUUCCAAGAUAAUGGCACAGUGCAGUGCACUGUUGAAGAAAUGAAGCAUGGAUUUUAAUUUUUUGGUUUAAAUAAAAAACAGAGAUUCAUGUUUUUUGUUUUCGUGGACAAUGCACGAACUUGCACCCCCAAAGUUUCUCGGUUGUUGAGAGUACCUAAUAAAAUUAAAUUAGGCUUUAUCUAUUCCAUUGUAAUAUGCAGUGUAAAAGAACUAUUUUGUAGAAUUAUUGCCAUGUACAAUUUCGGGUUACCCGAUUGAUUGUGAAGUUCACUCU